CGAUCGUUUCUCCUUUCACUUCAACAUCCCAGUGUUCAGACUUCUUCUUUUUCAUCUCCUUGUGGUCAAUUUAUGUCUAUCUCUCCCCCUCCAGCUGCAUUUGUAGACUAAACUGUUGUCUCACUUUGUUGUCUGUGCGAAUCCCGAAGGAGCUGACUUCCUCCUCCUCCUCCUCCUCCUCCUCUUCCUCCUCCUCCUCCUCCUCCUCCACCUCCUCCUCCACAUCGUCGUGGUGCCGCAGCAGCCAACGCGGUGAGUGCGUCCUGCAGCAGCAGCAGCAGCAGCAGCAACAACAGCAGCAAAAAGGCACCUGUCGUUUUCCGGACCGACCGUUUUAGGAGUAAAACAACGUGUUCUCCGAAAACACCAUCACACCCAAACACGGCGGGUAUGCGUGAAUACCGAUGGCUUCAUGUGUAGAUAUCUGCGCCUCUGAAAAUUACGCAUCGAGCCCUUGAUGCUGAAGUGUGGUGACGCUGAGGGGAGCAAUUUCAGUGUGUCCCUGUGAACACACACACACUGAGACAAAAACACACACACAUAUAUUGUGGAGCCUUCUGGAUACAAGCGCUUCACAGGAGACAAUGAGAGGCUACCUGCUGACUGCAAUCUUUCUGCUGCCCUUGGUGGCCUCAGAGUCCGGGCACUGUAUCAUCAAGCGUGAACAUGAGAAAUGCAUGGAGAGGAUCAUGCUGCACAACCCCAGUGAUGACCUUGAAUUAGUGUGUCCAUGGAUGUGGGAUAACCUUACCUGCUGGCAGGCGGCCAGAGUCGGUGAAGUGGUGGUGGUCAACUGUCCAGAGCUCUUCAACGACCUCAUGGACCCUGAGGAUGAGAUGGGGAAGGUCAGUCGUAACUGCACCGAGGACGGCUGGUCUGAACCUUUCCCUCACUACGUGGACGUCUGCAUGUUCUAUGACAACACCAGUGAACCUACAGAUGACCCGAUACAUACGUACUUCGAUUCAGUCAGGGCCCUGUACACGGUUGGCUACAGCACAUCGCUGGUGUCUCUGACUACAGCCAUGGUCAUUCUCUGCAGAUUCAGGAAGCUCCACUGUACCAGGAACUUCAUCCACAUGAACCUGUUUGUGUCCUUCAUCCUGAGAGCCAUCUCAGUCUUCAUCAAGGACGGUGUGCUGUACGCUGAGGAAGACCACUGCUUCGAACACACCGUGCCGUGUAAAGCAGUGAUGAUUUUCUUCCAUUACUGUGUCAUGUCCAACUAUUUCUGGCUCUUCAUUGAGGGUCUGUAUCUCUUCACUCUGCUGGUGGAGACUUUCUUUCCUGAGAGACGUUACUUCUACUGGUACACCAUUGUAGGGUGGGGGACUCCCACCAUCUGCGUCACUGUCUGGGCAGUUCUGAGGCUCCACUUUCACGACACUGGAUGCUGGGAUACAAAUGAGAACACUGCCCUCUGGUGGGUGAUCAAAGGACCAGUUGUGGCCUCCAUUAUGAUCAAUUUUGUCCUCUUCAUUGGAAUCAUCAUCAUUCUGGUGCAGAAGCUGCAGUCCCCUGACAUUGGAGGGAAUGAAUCGAGCAUUUACCUCAGCUGUGCUCAGAAAUGCUUCAGUGAGCCCACACAGGCUGUUCAGCAUUCGUGCAGGAUGUCAGAGUUAUCCACCAUCACACUGCGUCUGGCGCGCUCCACCCUCCUGCUCAUCCCUCUUUUUGGUAUUCACUACACUGUGUUCGCCUUCUCACCUGAAGAUGUCAGGAAGAGGGAGAGACUGGUGUUUGAACUGGGACUGGGAUCCUUCCAGGGCUUUGUUGUAGCUGUGCUCUACUGUUUCCUCAAUGGAGAGUUUCUCCCUGAAGGUGCAGUCGGAGAUCAAGAGGAAAUGGCGCAGCUGGACGGUGAAUCGGUACUUUGCUGUGGACCUGAAGCAGCAGCGGCACCCUUCAUUGGCCAGCAGUGGAGUGAACGGCGGGACUCAGCUGUCGAUCCUCAGCAAGAGCAGCUCCCAGAUACGCAUGUCCAGCCCGCUGGCGGAGAGUGCCAACAUCAGCCUCCCAACCUGAGCGUCUGACUGGCGAGAAGUCAACUUCAAGGUGCCGUUCCACUUAUGUACACCCAGACCAACCAGAGCAGACCAAAGUGGCCCCUGAUACCUCUGACAUUUUGUAGUUUGGCCUUUUGAAAAUGAGGUAUUUCUGAAAGCAUUUACUGGAGACUCAUUAGAGUAGCUUUCGUAUGUUAUAAUUUCAUGUGACGAUAAAGUAUAAUUUAUUUAUUGUUUUCAAUAGAUUUCAAUCUUUUCUGACUUAUGAUACUCUUGAUAUUUUAACAAAUUCCACUCCCUAGAUUAAAACAGAAAUUAUUAGAAAUUUCCUACCACUUAGUUUAGUUCAGAUUUAGCCCCGUUAUUGUUUAUUUAUAAACAAUAUUAAUGUAGAGUUGGUGCCAAAAAACAAUAGUUGUCAAAAGAAGAAAACAGUAUUUAAACAUCAGACGUAGGGGUCAUAUUUGGCUGUUGGUAUGUAACGUAAAUGUGCUUCAAAGUGCCAUACAGGUUGCCUGACUGGAUCUGAUCUCGUAACAGUCCAAAGUUAAACAACAACCAAACGUUCGCCUUGCUUGUACAAAUGCUCAUUGUUUGAACAUUUCAUCUUAAAUUUAAACAUUUUUAUACAAUCAGCCGUAAGUACAGAGUAUGUCAAAAGAUAAAAGGAGAAAAAAUAACAACUCAUGGACUUUGUAAAUAGUUACUUUUGGUGUCUAGAUCAGAGUUUCUUUCGUUCGCAUAACGCAGUAUUGUAAUGACCUUUUCAAACAAAAGGAACUGGAGCCCAAAUCUGUAGACUUCAUCACAUGUCCUGAGGACCCAGAAGAUCCUGCCCACUAUAUUCUGAACUAUUUGUUUGUAUUAAAUCAAAUAUACACACACAGUAUUUGUAGUAGAACAUAGUGCCAAAAUGAGUGAGCACUAUCAGGCAGUGGUUCCCGACCUGGGAGGUCGAAACUGUCUCGUAGAAAUUACGUUUGUACGUUACUAAACUGCUUUCUUAAUAACGUUGUUGUGGCAACGUAAUCGCUGCCUGAAUUACGUUCAGAGACAGAUAAUGAAACACUACAUUCAUGUACCAUGUAGGCUUCGGAAAGAGGUGGCUAGGAAGGAUGGUUGGCAUACAAAGUGCAGGACGUUGACAACAAAAGCACUUUGGUUAGAGAAAGAUUCUGAUUUUAGUUCAAUGUUAAUUAAAAACAGUGGUAACACUUUACUUGAAGGUAUCUACAUGAGAGUGACAUGACACUGUCAUAAC